UUUCAUGUUGCCAUGGUAACGUCGGACGCCAUUGCCGUCAGUUGAUAAUUGGGUUGUCAGGAACGGCUGGCUUGAGGAUUCAGCGAUAUCGUGCAGGAUUUUUUGUGUUGUGAGGGCGGGGAAUUUCGGUAUUCUAGGAUACGGGAUACUAUUCAAAACUUUCGACUCAUACACUAUGCUUUAAACCUUUUACAUCGAAUAAAAAAAGGCGUAUAGCCUGAGAUCCUACACUGAAAACGACCUUCCCGAUACGCCCGGUGAUUCAACUGCACAGCCAUUUCAGAACACAAACAAUGGCGCUACCAUUCAUCCCAGGAUACUCAGAAAUCGGAAAGAAGAUGCAUUCCCUCAAGCCCGGAUACCAUCUGCCUCACCGGUUUGAUUUCAAGUUGGAUCAGAGGUUUUACAUUGAUCAGGAGAUCGCCAGCCGGGACCUGCCACGGCCUGGCUGGACCAAGCGCAUCCCGCGUCACAGCUUCUAUCCUCGCACGGCCGGGCCCGGCCUGCCCGCCUGGGUCGCCUUCGACAAACAGGUGCUGCGCUUCCGCGGCUACUACAUCGACCGCGUGCAGAACUCGCAGGUCGAACGAAGCCGCGUGCGCACCGUCAAGAUCCACUUCUACCUGGAGGACGACACCAUCGAGGUGAUCGAGUCCAAGUGGAAGAACAGCCAGCUGCCGCAGGGCACGCUGCUGCACCGCCAUCGGGUGCCGCUGCCGGAGCCGGACGACUUCGAGUUCUACACGAUCGAGCACCUGAACGUGGGCCGUGACCUGGUGCUGUACGGCACCACCUACCACGUCACCUCUUGCGACCAAUUCACGCGCAACUUCCUCGCCAAGCUGGGUGUGCGCGUCAACCCGGACACGUGCAUUCCCAGCGAUGCCUACAUGGAGACGAGGAACGACCAUGAGCGCUCCAUGCGACCGCUGAAGCCGUACAAGAAGGUGGACACGCUCGGUCAGUUCCUGCACUACGACGGCAAGGUGCUGCGCUUCUGGGGCUACUGGGACGACCGGGAGGUGCAGCACGGCGACCUGCGCGACAUCGUGCUGCUCUACUACCUGGCCGACGACACGAUCGAGGUCAAGGAGCUGGUGCCGCCCAACGCCGGCCGCUACAAGGCGCCCAGUCUGUUGCGCCGCGCCCGCCUGCCGAAGCAACUGAAGGCACUGCCCCGUCCGGGAGUCGAGUGUCCGAGGACUGUGCUCAACACGUUCGGCGACAUCUACGGCAAGGGCAUGGGCCGCCUCUUCAUCUACGACAACCUCAACAACAACUACCACCCGUCCGACUUUUAUCAGUCAGUGGUCUGA